GCGAUCACUCCAGCCGCUGACGUGGGAUUGAGCGUUUACAAGCUGAAACGGUGAAUCGAGAAUCCGCAAUAUUGCACUCUUUUAAUAAUUUUCUGUCAUAUUUAGGAAACCAAAUUAUUUAUCAAAAUGCCUAGCAAACAGAGAAUGAGGACGCAAAAUGACAAAGCAAGCAAGAAUGUUGAAAAGAGGGGGAAUGUCCCGAAAACAUUGAAAGCAAGUGAGGAAGGCUACCCUGUUGGGCCGUGGUUAAUUGGACUCUUCAUAUUCGUUGUUUGUGGAUCAGCAAUAUUUCAGAUAAUCCAAUCUAUCAGAAUGGGAUAGGCAACGAUAGACCAUCAUCAUCAUCAUCUUCAUCUUCAUCUUCAUCUUCAUCUUCAUCUUCAUCUUCAUCAUCAUCAUCAUCACCAUCAUCUUCAUCAUCAUCUUUGUCAUCUUCAUCAUUCAUUGCCAGAUCACCAUUACAUCAUCUUCAUUAUCAUAUCUUGAGGAAACAGUCCAAUCUGCUCACCAAGCCCGCAGGUGGUCUUUUCCCGGGAAGCAUCUGUUCUCAGCCCUCAACGUUCCCAGGCUAGGUUCAAAGGUCACCAUGUCACGACAGUCCUUAUCAACCAACAGCUCGACUUUAGACUGCAACAUGUGUUCAUCAAAAAGUGGACUUGAAUAGUCCCAACGAUGAGAUGGAUACCAGAUUGUCCAAAUAAAACAUUAACCAUCACCCAGAAUGGACAAUAUUAUUGGUCAUCGGUCAAUUUGGAGUCGGUCAAGUGGCGUGACCAGAGUAUAUAACGACUUUGCCCGACGAUACCUGCUUUUAAUGAUCCCUUCAACUCAUCGUAAGAAAGAUUUGUUUAGAAUUGAACGAGAAUGCGUUCCAUAUUCUUCUCGGUCCAUUGCUCCUGUAAUCAUAGUAAUCAUGAUAAAUUCUCGCCCAUAUGAUAUGAAAUGUACACCACAUGGUGUUGAUUGCUUUGUGAAAUCAACAAAUUUUAAUAUGCCAUUCUGUCAAAGUGACAUUGUGAUACCACGUGAAAUAGAAUUUGAUAAAAAUAAUUGAAAGCCUAAUAUGAAUUGAAACAGUAAAUUCCCCUUAUGUUUGAUUCAACACUAGCAAUAUGAAAUAUGACCUUUAAACAAUGCUCUUUUCUGUGUUUAAAUGGAGAAUUUACUUAAUUUAAUUUAUACUAGGGAUUGGGACACUUCUUGGUAUUGCAUGCUUUCGAGAUGUAAUGGACAAUCUAAAAACAGAAAUAUUUCUAAGAGAUAUCCACUUUUUCAGGAUAUCGUACAAAGCACCAGUUUAAACAAUUCAUGAUUCAAAAUAUUCUCACAAAUUUUUUUUAAUUCAGCGUAAUCUCUUUUUUUUAAAAUUAAAUUAUGUGAUGAAUAUAAUAUUCCACUUUGUUUUCUUUUCUUUUAAGUAUUCUUCACAUUCCUGUAAACAGUAAUUAUAAUGUUUGGAACAAAUUUUUAAUGUGUUUCAUGUUAGUGUCACAAUGUGUUUCUUCUUUUGUAAAUGGAACAUUUGAGGGUUUUACCAAUUACAUUUACUCUUUAAGUAUAUCCUAUAUUACGUAACAUUAAACAAAAUACAGUUGAAUGUCAUUCUCGUAUCAUUCAGUUGUCAAAUAUUCGUUGUCUCGCUUGCCACAAGUGUUUUUUUGUGACAGUUGAGAGAUUGAUGAUAAUUUACAAAAAAAUCAAGAUUAAAUAUUUUUGCUGUUUUUGUGAAGAUGAUAGUUUUCGAAAAUGCACGAGUGAGAAAAUGCAUGUAUGCUAAUUGUGUUUUUAAAUAUACAAUCUGCCAAUUCCUUUAACAUUUUUAUUUUUUUAAACAUUGUUCUUAGUCGUUACCUCUUCUUGUUUUUUUCUUUCUGCUUUUACUUUUUCUCAAGAGAAAUGUUAAUCAGAUAUUACUCAUUGCACAUUUUUUCUUCAUUUGCACCAAAAAAAAAUUAUUCCACAUCAUACUGCAUAACAAAACUAUAAUUAUGGUCACAAAUUAACCUUCAUUUGUUCACUUCAACUGUGACACGCUUACAGAGAGGUAGCUCAUUGACCAAUUAUUAUCUUAAAUGUGCAAAUAAAAGUGUUGCCAAUUCAUACAUGGCGCCAAAUCAAGUAAUAUGUUACUUUGCUCCCUAAGAUUGUGUGGUGAUUAUUUUGACAAGUUUUAAGUUUUUGUUGAUGGAGAGAUUUUCAAAUUGUUUUAUGAAUGAAAAUAGCCUGGACAACCGCUGAUGUAUUUAUAUGUAAUGAAGAAGGAAAUGGUUAGAUCACAGAUCUAAUUUUGUCUUGAUACGGUUUGCCAUUUAUGUUAUUCAUGUAGAGGAGAACAUGUACACUUAGAUAAAAAAUGGCCAGGCCCAAAUUCACAAACCAUGUGUGCUUUUUAAUUGACCAAAUUCAAGAUAAUCGUAUACAUGUAUUAAGCUAUCAUAAUCAUAAUGACGAAUUAAUUUCAUGAAUGUUUUUCUGCAUUUCAGUAAAUAUUGCAUGGAAAGUAUUUGUCAUCAUGAAUUGUACGUCAAAGUAUUACUAUGCCCCUCUUUCUAUUUUUUGGCAUUGGUUUAUGGUUUGUGCCUCUUUUCAGGGUUAAUUUAUCUUAUUGCUACUAUGGUAAUGAGAAACUGCUAUCUGUACAAUAUGUCCAUAGCUUUAAAAGUCUUUGAUUGGUAUUGCACAUGAAUUUUAUAUUCAGGUAUCUUGGGUUAUUUUAUUAUUCGUCCUCUCUCAUUUUUCGUUUUUUCAAAGUCAUAUUUCUUCACCCCUUUGGUUGCUUUGAAAUGAAAAUGCCAUUAAUUGUUAUCGAUGGUAAUUUUUAUGAUGGGAUUAAUCACUGGGAAAUUCCCUUUUCAUGUUUUGGGUUAUCUGUGGGAUAUGUUGGGGAUUCCCCCUCACUGGUUAAUCUCUUUGUAAUGUCUAUUGUAGUUGAUGUCGAAGUAAACAAAUAAGAAUUCAACUUCAUGUUAUGCACUCAAGCAGUAGCUUUAUACAUCUCUUAAUCUAACUCUCUAAAAGCCUGUUCAGAUAUGACGUGAAAAACCACCGCAAUAAUCUUCUUUUUUUUUUCUUCUUCUUUAAAAAAAAAUGUAAAUGAAUGGCAACUGUUGGGAACAAAGGUCCUUCGCAUAUUCACUUAGCUCUGCGUUAUAACAGAGCUAAAUGUGAAAUACGUUGCAUUUUUUUGGCGUUUAAAAAAAAAAAUGCUGCCGUUUUGGCGCGUCAUAUCUGAAUGAGGCUCGAUCCUGUGAUAAUUAAUUUUUUUCAGCCUCUUUUCUGCCUAAGCUGUGUGGUUUUCUUGACUAAUAAGAGAAAAUCUAUCUACACAGACUGCACCAAAUAAUUCACUUUCAGGUAAAACAUGGAUCAUGUUGGGUCGUGGCGUAUGGAGUUUGAUUUUGAAUAUUUCUGUAAAUAAUUAUAAAAUACCUAUUCCAUGUUGAUUCUAUAGAGCUGUAUUUAAAUGACAUUACCAUUCUUUUCAUUUUUGUCAAACUCUUAAAAAGAUAUCUAUAUAGAACUUUAAAGCCAGCUGUAUGUAGGGAUUUUAGCGUAUUAGUAUUAAAGCAAGAAGUUAAGGUUGAACAAUUCAGAUGUAAACGUAGCAUAUUAGAAAGUAGCAUUAAGGACAGAUGAAAGAAAUUCUAUUUUAUAUUCCCUUUAUGCAGGUAGAAAGUUAUAGGUCGUAAGUUAAUGGAUUUUGCACAAUAAAAUGCCUCAUGUUUGCCGUGAUCAAAAAUGCAAGAUUCAAAACAUUGCUAAAGAGAUAAUACUCCUAUAACCGCUGUCGGUUCACAAGCCAAUAUUAGUUGUAGUAAUGUUUUUGUCUGUUUGGAGACAGAAGGCCAUUAGGUCUGUUUAAUUUUAUGAUUUGACACCCUUCUGGCUCCGAACAGACAAUUUUGUGGCAUAUUCUAAUCUCUCUCACAGACCAAGAAAAAUGGGAAUAAUCAAUAAAAGUGAGAGACUGAAUAUCACCCAGAAGAAGAUAGGCAUUAGGUCUGAAUAAUACUUUGAUGUAUUUUCUACUUGUAUGUUUAAAUCCGCCUCAAAACUGUGUUGUAAUCUAUGUACUGCACAUUCACAUUGCAUUAUCAUACACAAAGUAUCGGACUAGCCACAUAUUUUCUCAAGAAUUUGGUUCUCAAUGUGCAUCGUGUUUGUCCAUUUCCUUGACUUCUUUGUUUUCAAGUCAUGUUCUGAAAAUGAAAGCAAAGUAAUAUAUAUGUCCUCUAUUUCGAUCUGAAUAAAAUGUACUUUUUCUUCUCUUAAA